AUGGCAAAGCUGACUGAUGAUGCCGACUACGAUGCCGGCAAAAAGUUUGAGAAUGUAUCAAGUCUACUGUCAGAUGCUGGGAAUCAUGACAAUUACUAUGGCAGACGACUUCGGACUAGAUGCGUUCUACAUAGUCACCCUGACAACAAGACCAAGUUGCGACAACGAGGUCAACCCAUUUCUAAAUUACUUGGAUAUGUUACAGAGGCAGAUUUGCGUCGGGAUCUACCCCACGAAGAUGCCGAGUACUGUAUCGCUAGAAUGAAGCUCUUCACUGGAGGGAAAGGCGACAUCGGGGCUCUUGACUAUGAACUAUUUGCGCAAGAGAUUUUCAAUGAAUAA